AUGGAAGCAGAUGCUGCAGCAGCAAAAGCUUCAAACCCUGCUGCUGCUGCUGCUGCAGCAGCUGCUGCAGCUGCAGCUGCUGCUGCUGCUGCUGCGGGGAACGAAGAAGAAGAAAUACACACAGAGAGGCAAGAAGGCACCAGUCGCAGCAGCAGCAGCAGCAGCAGCAGCAGCAGCAGGAGUCGCGGUGCAAGAAGUGGAGAGACACCUGAGAUGGAAGCAGCAGCAGCAGCAGCAGCAGCAGCAGCAGCAGCAGGGACGGCAGAAGGGGAGCAGCGCAAGGCCGCUGCUGCAAGUGCAAGACCCCUUAAUGCAGCAGCAACACCCAGCAGCAGCAGCAGCAGCAGCAGCAGCAGCAGCAGCAGCAAAACCUCCAAACGCAUCGCUCAGCUACAGGCUACAGUUCGACGGCUGGAGGCCGAGGUCUCAAGGUUGAUGGAGGAGGUGGCUAGACAGCCGGAGGGCUAG